AUGGCGGAUAGCGAAACUCGAGUCCGAGCGAAAAGAAAAAACGCUUUGUCUGAUUCCACUAAGAAAAGCCGAAAGCUUGCUCGUGAUCGAGAAUAUCAGAGGAAGAAACGCGAAUCUUUGCAUUCAGCUGUAAAUAUACUUAGUCAAAUAACAAGAUGGCAAGAUUUUAAAACUGCUAACAGAGUGAUAAACGAUGAACAAGCGGCACAGAUGUUGCUGGAUCAUUAUGAAAGUUGGAAAUUACAGCAAGAGCAUGAAGCAACCCAAAAUUGUUCAAUCACUCAUGGAAUCAUUUAUUCUCCAUCUACUAGGCGACUAUUGACACCUUUCCGGCACAGGCCUAAGAUCAGCUUGACCACUACUAGUAAACUUGCAGACCACGAUCCUAUUGUACCUUACUUGACUCAAGCUUCAUCUAUAUAUAGGCUCAAUUCAAAUAAAGAUAGCAGCAGUGAUACUGAAAUAGAACCAAGUAAAAGUCACGGUGAAGUGAAGAAAAUGGACUCAAGCCAUGAUCAACAGGACAGAACCAAUAAACAGAUUAAGAAGAAUGUAAAGGUUGAAAGAAGUGAUGGUAGUAGCUGCAGUGUUGAUAAUGUUGCAAUUAAAACAGAAAGUGAUUUGGGAGGAUUGACAAACCAAGAUGAUGAAGAUGAUAGCGAUUGUGUCCCUGAUUCAGAUCAAGUCAGUUAUCAGAAUGUCUACAUAGAUUAUGAUGAUCUACAAACAAUAGGUGAAGGUGAAGACUGUGAAUUAUUGGAGAGUGACAGAGAUGAAGAUAUAGAGAUAGAGGCUGAUACAAUAACAGAUGAAGAUUCUGUUAGCAAUUUAUUAAAAGAUCAUUUGUCCAUUGUGUUUGAUUCACAACUCCUUGUCUUAUCUAAACUUAAAAUACCAGCAAAGUGUAGAAAAUGUGAUGGUGUUAUUACAGAAGAAUUGAAGCAUGUAGGGUCCUCAACUCUUAUUAUAUGGAUGUGUACUUCAGGUCACAAAAUAGAAAGAUGGUGUUCUCAGCCAGUAGUUCGAAGAAUAAGAGUAGGUGAUUUUUUAUUGGCUUCCAAUAUUCUGGCUUCUGGUAAUAACUACAGAAAGAUUGCCAUGCUAUUCCAGUUUAUGAAUAUGGGAUGUGUUUCUGAAUCAACAUUUAACAGAAUACAGAAACACUACUGUUCACCAGCAAUUACAAAUUUUCGGUAG